CUGUUGACUAUAGACUGUUAGUCCUUCCUGAAGUGAUUAACCUCUUUCCUGAGAUUAAGCAUCAGUCUUUGGGUCUAUUCCGGUGCUGGAGGAGGUUGAUGGCGAGGUUCCAGUUUGUGCCAGUCAAAUUGAGCUGGACAGCAUUUUUGGCUCUGGCCCACUUCACAUAUCUGCUGAUUGGGGCCACCAUCUUCCAGAUCCUGGAGCGAGAGGCUGAGAACAACAACCGAAACCACUUCCAACUGGAGAAAUUGAAUUUCUUGGCUAACUACACCUGUCUGGAUGGACCAGCCUUGGAGAAGUUUGUUGAGGUUAUUUUGGAUGCCUGGGAAAAGGGAGUGAACCCCUCGGGUAACUCAACAAACCCCAGCAACUGGGAUUUUAGUAGCUCCUUCUUUUUUGCAGGCACAGUAGUCACAACUAUAGGCUAUGGCAACCUCUCCCCCAGCACUGUAUCUGGUCAAGUGUUUUGUGUGUUUUACGCACUGUGUGGAAUCCCACUGAACCUGGCCUUCCUCAAACAACUGGGAAAAUGUCUCACCAUCCAUCUGGGGCGACUGGAGAGGGGAAUGGUCUCAGUUGUUCCACACAAGCAAACAGUUGAGGCUCUGGCAGUGAGUUUGUUCUUCAUCGCAGGCAGCGUGCUGUUUUUGGUCAUCCCCCCUCUGCUGUUCAGUUAUGUGGAAGGCUGGACGUUUGGCGAGGGCUUCUAUUUCGCCUUCAUUACUCUCAGCACCAUUGGUUUUGGAGACUAUGUGGUGGGGACUGACCCAGGCAAGGAUUACAUCUCUCUGUACCGUAGCCUUGCAGGCAUAUGGAUCAUCUUUGCCUUGGCUUGGCUUGCUCUCAUCCUCAACAUAGGAGCCAGAAUAAUGGAGCAUGCGAUUGGCCUGACUCAUCCAAGCUUUAAAAAACAAGAAGAGGAAGAGGACGUGUCAUCCAGUAAACUAGAGGACACAGUUGAGACGCUAAGCUUGCCUGGAUCCAAAAGUGCCACCAGGGGAACCGAGAUGGGAAUAAAGGAAGUGUUCAACUUGGCGAGGGUGCCCUCCAUCCUCAUGCUCGGUGUGGUUUACAUCACUUAUGUGCUGAUCGGCGGGGUGAUUUUCUGGAAGUUGGAGGGAGAUCUCGGAACGAAGGACAUCAGUCUUUUACUGUCGCACAAAAAGAGGGUGCUCGCGACGUACACCUGUCUGAACCAAGAAGGCCUGGAGGAGGUGGCUCAGGUUGUUCAAGAUGCGUCCAAGGUGGGCCUAAGUUUGAAAGGCAACUACACCACAGACGGCUUCUGGAAAUUCACCAGUUCAGCUGUGUUUGCUGCCACUGUGGUCACAACUAUAGGUUAUGGGAACAUGAGUCCGAGCUCUACUGCUGGCCAGAUCUUCUGUGUGUUCUUUGCACUAUUUGGUAUCCCGCUCAACAUGGUGGUGCUCAACAGGGUGGGCAAAUACAUGCUUGCUAUAGAGAGGAACAUCUCCGACUUCCUGGAGGGGAAGACCGGGCGAAGGAAGUGUACCCGCUUUUUUGUCCACCUGGUGUCAUACCUAUCUGGAGCAGUGCUCUUCUUUGUUGUGCCCAUGAUUGUGUUCCAGCAGCACGAGGGCUGGACUUUCUCCCAAGCCAUCUACUACUGUUUUAUUACUCUGAGCACCAUUGGCUUCGGAGACUUUGUGGCAGACAGUAAUCCAGACAAAACUUACCCAGAGUGGUACAGCAUCCUCAUGGCCUCAUGGAUCUUCUUUGGCCUGGCCUGGCUGGCCCUCCUCAUCAACCACUCUAUUGACAUCCUGGAGCGACUCAACACUCACUGCAAACAGCGGUGGGGUGGACAGAAGCCAGAGGAAGAGUCUGGCACCACAGAGGGCGACAACCCAGAAACACAGCUGGAGGAGGAAGACGAGAUCAAGAAGCCUCCAGUGAGUCAGUAAACUAAGGAAAAGGUGAAGAUUCCCGAGAGUUGACCUAAUUAUAGAAUUAUCUCUCUGUAGAUCAAGACGUGGGAAACAGGCAUAAUUUAUGGGUUAUGGCCAAGUCAUGGCAGGAUGUUUGUGUGUGUGUGUGUGUGUGUGUGUGUGUGUGUAACAAGACUGUAAAUGUUGAGAGUCUGAGAUGAUUAAAUAUGUGACUGUGCAUUGGUUUGUCAGUUUUAAUCCCUUUCUCUUUAUCUGCCGCUAAAAUAUUGACUCAUUUUUGUUGAGUUUGUUUGUUUGUUUGUUUGUUUGACGGCAUGCAACAUCCACAUGCUGUUUACUCUGUUAGCACUUUGUUUCCCAAUCUGUAAACACGUUACUCUUCACUCUCACAUGCUUGUUAGUCUACUUGGUUGAUAAAGAAUAUCCUCUCCCAGUGAGUGGCACACCUUUCUGACCACAAACCAAGUCAUUUACCAACUCAGUGGCAUUUUGAAAUUGUUUGUCUGAGCCUACCUGGUACUUCUGAAUGACUGUUGAUGCCCACAAUCAAAACCACAGUCAAUUGCAAAUACAUGUAAAUAAUGUGAUUUGUUUUGCAACAUAGAUGUACUUGAAUAAGUCUGUCUUGUUUACUGACUUGUUGACUUGUUGGAAAUGAACAUCCAAAAAUAAUAGAUUUAUCGUCAACAUAUUUUCAGGGGAAAUUGGUGGUAUUUAAGUAUCUAAAGAUUCUGUGUGCAACAUUCAGAGCAUUAAUAAAGCAGCAAACCACUAUUUGCUGUAAAGAUAUAGUGGUGUAAUGGUGUCCUGAGUAGAGAAUGAAGUCAACCGGGCCCCAGGAACAGUGCCAGGUUUUGAAGCCAAUCUGACAUGGUUGCCAAAAUGUACAAUUACAACU